UCGCAAAGAAUCCCAACAGACGCCCAGGGCUCUCGUGCCAAAUGAGAAAGAGUCAGUUCGGGGCUCCUCAAUUGUCAAGUCAACAGCACUCACCCCGCCGGCAACUUCCGUUGAAUGCUCAUCUGACCUCGAACACGUCGACACCUUCAGACGCUCAUUUUCCUGAGCAUCUGCUUUCCAUCUACUUCUCCAUCUUGCUAAUAUAUACCUAGGCACUCGCCUCAGGUCGCGUGCUGAGCCUAUCAUGGCAAUGCAGCGCUUUCUCUUGCUAUCGCUUUGGGUUUUCUCCGUCCUAGUGUCAGCACUCCCAAAACCAGACUUAACUGCCUUCAAAAACCUUCCUGAUCGCAUAUUCUACUUUGAGGAUACUUCCGUUGUACUUUAUCAUGACCCAACCGCCCGUAUCGUGUAUAUCUCAGACAAUGAAGGGAAGUCAUGGAAACCUGCCCCAGGCGUUCCAUCAGGCGAAGCGGUUGGCUUCAUCGAGCAUCCUUUCGAUAACCGGAUAGCCUUCAUUUUGACCAAGGGAAAGAAACAUUAUAAGACAAUGGAUAGGGGAAAGCUAUGGCAGUCAUUCGAUGUCCCUGCUGACCUGUCUCUCAACCCCAGACCGUUGUCCUUCCAUGCUGGCAAGAAGGAUUACAUUCUCUAUCAAGGUAGAGUAUGUAAGAGCACCCUUCCGUGGUCCAAGACGUGCGAGGAUGAGACAUUCUAUACCCUCAAUGGUUUCCAAACAUCCGAUUCUCUCCUCAAACAGACCUCACAAUGUAGCUGGGCCCAUUCCACGAAAGAUAUCCCGGCUACGACCAAUCCAAACCUCACCUUUUGCGUUGCCUUUGACAAAUCAAACACUGGCGGAUUCUAUAGCAUCAGUUCCUCUCGUCUUUUCUCCUCGGACGACUUUUUUGACAAAAACCAACAAAUUGUGGAUUUUGGACAAUUAAAUCCGAAAGCGAGUCGCGGUGUCGUUGGAUUGGGAGUUGUAUCCAAGUUCCUCAUUGCGGCCGUGAAAGAUGUCACGGGAGACCCAUCAGGUGUCAAUUCCGAGAUGAACCUCUACGUCUCCCUAGAUGGUCAUACAUGGGGUCAUGCCAAAUUCCCUCAUGCAUCCACCUCUAAACUCUUUGAAAAUGCGUAUACCAUCGUCGAAAGCACCACACAUUCACUGGCUGUGGACGUCUUAAACCAUCCCUCCAGUGCCGUAGGAACACUCUUCGUAUCCAACUCCAAUGGGACUUUCUUCACUCAGUCGCUUCAAAACACCAACAGGAACGAAUUUGGUUAUGUUGAUUUUGAAAAUAUCUAUGGAGUAGAAGGCGUCGGACUGGCGAACAUCGUCACGAACGUGGAAGAGAUGGAACAUUCGCCUCGAGCUAAGAAGAUCAAAAGUAUGAUCACGUUUGAUGAUGGAAGGUCGUGGAGUUCCAUCCAACCUCCCACUCAUGACGAGUCGGGCAACCCGAUUCCAUGUUCUUCCAAGGAAUGUGGUCUGCACCUAUACAGCGUCAGUACGCCGCACAAUUUGGGUCGUGUAUUUAGCACACCUGCGCCCGGAUUCGUCCUUGGUGUGGGUUCUGUUGGGUCGCAUCUCGCGCCGUAUGAUGAGUGUGAUACGUUCCUGAGUACGGACGCAGGUGUCACUUGGAAGAUGGUUAAAAGGGGCGCGCACAAGUAUGAAAUUGGAGAUAAAGGGAGUAUCAUGGUUCUUGCGGACGAUGAAGAACCUACCGAUUUUGUUUGGUAUAGCUGGAAUGAUGGGAAGGAUUGGGAAAAAUACAACCUCGGCGCAAAACUUCGCGUUCGACUUCUUACGACCAUACCAGAUUCCACAUCUCAGAAGUUCAUCCUCCUCGGCACACUCUCGCGACAGGACCCUAACAUAGGCCAAGGCCGACAUGCGAUUGUGUUCCUCGACUUCGCCCUGAUGAAGAAGAGGAAAUGUAGCCAGGACGACAUGGAGAAGUGGAUGGCUAGAACCGCAAAGGGGAAGGAAUGUUUAAUGGGUCAUAAGCAAUGGUAUUGGCGUCGAAAGGCCGAUGUGGACUGUUAUGUUGGAGACAAGUUCAGGGAUCCAGAAGAACAUGAAGAGAAUUGUCCGUGUGAAGAGGAGGAUUAUGAAUGCGACUACAAUUACGUCCUCCAAAAUGGCAAGUGUGUUGCUGUUGGACCUGAGCCAAUCGGACCAGGUGUAUGCAAAGGAGAAUCUCCGAACGAGAAGUACCUGGGUUCGUCUGGAUAUAGGCUCAUUCCUGGAAACACGUGUACCAGAGAGGGAGGAGUGAUACUUGACAAACAAGUCGAGAAGGAUUGUUCUCAAGCUCAACCCCCUGAAGGGAAUGUCACACAUCAGACAUUCCAGUUCCCUAGUCGUAUCACCGGUCACUGGUGGUUCAGAAACUCCCAGGCACGUCACCUCGAAGAUACCAUACUGGUGCAUCUGGAAGACGGCGAAGUCUGGCAAUCCGUCAAUGAAGGGUAUUCGUGGGCACAGCCGCGCCCCGGCGAGAAGAUUCUUGCCGUUUACCACCACGCCUAUUCCAACGACCGUGCCUAUUUAAUAGGGAAGGAUAAGAUGUUCCUCACAACUGACCGAGGUCGAAUGUGGACUGAACUCUCUCUCCCUCUUCCCCCGAAUAUCUUCCGCCUUUCUAUCAUCCAUACCCACCCCGAUCAGAGCGAUUGGCUCAUUUACAUCGGUAGCGAAAACUGCGAGACAACGAUUGGAGACUGCAAAGCUGUAGCGUUCUACAGUACAGAUCAUGCGCGACAUUGGAAGCGUUUCGAGACCUACGUUGUCAAAUGUGGAUGGGCGAGAGACCACAAACUAAAAUUGGACAAAGAACUCAUUCUUUGCGAAUCCUUUAGGGAUAAGAAAGGGUCGCAGAAGAAUUUUGGAUUCAUGAACCCCUUGCAGCUUUGGGCCGGGCAGAACUUUUAUCGGAAGAAGACCCUUCUCUUUGAUCGUGUUGUUGGAUAUGCUAAGUUCUCCGAGUAUCUCUUGGUCGGUGAAGUGGGAAGCAAUGCGCUUGACUUGCAGGUGUCUUUGGACGGACUUCAUUAUUCGAAAGGUCUUUUCCCGCCAUCUAUGCGUCUUGAUAAUCACGCAUACACGGUACUCGAAUCGAGCACCAAGUCCGUUUUCCUUCACCUCACCACCUCCGACAAGGAUGGUGCCGAGUGGGGGAACCUUCUUAAGUCGAAUUCGAACGGGACAUACUAUGGCCUCUCACUCGAAAAUGCCAAUCGCAAUCGGGCGGGAUACGUUGACUUUGAGAAAAUGAUUGGACUUGAUGGUAUUGCAGUGAUGAACAUCGUCGCUAAUCCAAACGAGGCCGCUGUCACGAGAAAAAAGAAGCUGCAAACCCGCAUCACUCAUAACGAUGGUGGCACAUGGAAGCCGAUGACGCCGCCUCCAUUGGACUCCCUCGGCCAACCUUACAAGUGCAGUAAAGUUGGAUGUUCCCUCCAUAUUCAUGGAUACACCGAACGAAUUGACGCUCGAGCCACCUACAGCAGCCCUUCCGCCAUUGGCCUCAUGAUAGCGGUAGGGAACGUUGGUGAACAUCUCGUAGACUACAAAGAUUCCGAUACCUUUCUUACACGCGAUGGUGGUUUCCAAUGGGAGGAGAUUCACAAAGACGCGCACAUGUUCGAAUUCGGAGACUCAGGUUCCGUUUUAGUCCUCGUGAACGACGAGGGCCCGACAGACAAAGUCUUGUAUAGUACGAAUGAAGGCACAUCGUGGAAAGAGUACCAAUUUGGGGAUAGCAUACGUGCAGCAAGUAUCGUCACGAUGACUGCGGAGACGAAUCGAAAGUUUAUCCUCUUUGGUCACACUUCUGCUGGAAAAUCAGUUGCUGUGCAUCUUGAUUUCUCCUCGAUCACAUCCAGACAAUGUGCGCUCAAAUUAGAAGAUCCGGCACACGAUGACUUCGAACUCUGGAGCCCGAGUGAGGAACGUGAGGAGCAAUGCCUCUUCGGACGCCAGACACUGUACCGUCGAAGGUUGAGAGAUCGUGAUUGCUCCGUGGGUGACCAGGUCCAGAAUCUGCAGAAAAUUGUGAAGAAUUGCCAGUGCAUUGAAACAGACUUUGAAUGCGAGUUCAAUCACAUUCGCAAUAGCACGGGGCAAUGCGUUCUCGCUGAAGGAGCUGCCCCGUUACCCCCAAAUCUAGAAGAGAUGUGCUUGGAGGACCCUGACUUAGAUUAUUGGCACGAGCGUACGGCUUACCGCAAGAUUCCAUACUCUACUUGCCAAGAUGGAGCAAGACCUGAUUGGGGGCCGGCUCACUCCUGCGGUGGCGUGCGCGGCCGAUCUGGCAUGUUUUGGCUGUCUAUUUUCCUGCUUCCGUUCGCCAUCACAGGUGUCGUCACCUAUUACUAUUACCGACAAGGCGGCUACAGAAGAGGCGCCAUCCGACUCCCCGACAGCAUGCGCGAUGAUGACUCUGAAGAAAGCGGUGUGUUAUCGACCAUUGCCUCCAUUCCUUGGUUCGUGAUGGGCCUCGCGGCAACAGCAUGGUCUGCAAUUGCCAAUUCACCAAUAUGGUACAGCGUAUUCCCGAGACAACGCGGAUACCGACACGUACCCGUGGAUGAAGAUGCUCGAGUACUGCGGUUCGAUGAUGAGGAAUAGAGUGGCGUAAUUUUACUUUAUGUUCGGCCAUCGCUUUCGAUAUCCAUGGACUUGUGCAUUACAUCUAAUGAAUGGUACUGAACAAAUAUUUGCGUUAAGUAUUCA